CUCACUCAGGAGGUCAUCACCUCCAGUCCCAAGGGAGCGAGGUCAGUUUCACCUUUAAUGCCUACACCACAGAGGAGGCUUCAAAACCACACACAGCACCCAAGCACCAGGGACUUCUCCAUGGACUUCCACAGGCACAGCUGACCACUUACAUGAUUUUCCUGAGGUCAAUAAUACAGGAAGAACAUCAUCAUCCUUAGCAACAGCCACAGCAACAGGAUCUACCCAUCGUUCUUCAGUUUUCACUGGAAUGAUUCUGGCUGCUCUAUAGUCCCCUUAUUCAGAUAAAAAUCACUGACCUCAGCACAAGACUAGAAGCCUUAAGGCCAAGGAACAUAAGCACAUCUGCUCCCACUGCAAUUUUUCCUGAUGACCAGGAGGUGAGCGCUCUGAGAUUUCAGGUACAAACUCGACUCCCUAAGGAUCUGAAAUAGCAGCCUUCCCUGUUUUCAUUACUUCUCUUGAGCUGCUAAGUGCACAGACUGACAUAAUGGCUCCCCUUCAGCCUUUAUGCCUGAUGUCUCCACUUUGGAUUUGGCCCCUAGAAGAUCUGUGUCUUCAGUGUCUAUAAUAGGUUCAGUUCUUGUUGGAACCACAAGAUCUCAAGGAGUCACCUCAGGGUCCAGUGAUAACUCAUCUACCUCAUUGCUGCCAUUCCCUCCGAGGACCAUGACAGAUGGGGUCACGUUGCCUCAGACAAACAGUAGCACCGAAGUGUCCGUCACCGGAGAUCUUGUUCUCACCAGUGGAGAGCCAGAGCAGAGCUCCGUGCUCUCUCCCAUCAUGACUUCUAUAUCUUCGAGACAGAAGUCCACAGUUUCAGUGACUCUUCCUGGAGAGAUCACAUCUCCAGUGAGAACCCUAACCCUCAAUUCAAGUGCCCAGGGACAGAGUCUAGGGGCUCCUAUAUUGGAGAUGACAGAUCCAUCCAUCUCUAGAAGUGAAGUACAGACAACUUUGACCACACAACUGACCACAGAAAUAGCAUCAGUCUCUUCCAUCUCCCUGGAGACAAUCAAGGAGUUCUCUCACUUUCCUGGACUGCUGAAGACCACAGAGCUUGUGGGCACAAGCAAGGAAUCUGGGAUCGAGAAAUCUCCAAUUUUGAUCAGUAGUUCACAUGAUAGACUGGCCAUUUCCAAGACCACCCCAGACACAGAGAUGAAUCGUUUGACAGAAGCAGCAGUGACCACUCAUCAGACUAUCAGUUCUGGUUCUGAGCCAUGUUCCUCUGCCCUUGCACUCUCAGUGCCUCACAAGGCCAUUUCUUCAGUGGUUACUACAUCCACUGUGGAGGCCACCAACCUGUCUCAGACAUUUUCCACUUAUCCUGUGUCUACCAGGACUCAGGAAGAACCUGUUUCCACUGAAACCUCUGGGCCAAGUGAGACCUGCUCAGCCAUAGAGAGAAGCAUGAUCCCUUCUCAGAUGUAUGGCAUUGCUACUACUGAUGUCACCAGGAAUGUGUUCACACCUCUGGACAGAAUAUGUAGCCCAGGCCCUACUCAGUCCUUGGGGAUAUCCAGUAUCUUCAAAGGAACCAAUGUCAACAGUUCUACCUCCUCUUCCAACAGUUCUACAACAGAAUCUUUACAUAUUACCUUUACAACAUCAACAGGUCCCACUAGGAUGAAGCCUGGAGAUGCAGUUUUUCUGGACAAAACAAUGACAGAUUUCUGGGAAGGGAUACCCUUGGAUAUGACUAAGAUGACUGCUCCUGUGAGCAGGGGUCCAGGGACACUAUCAUGGAGAAGCUUUUUCUCUAAAGAAGAAACCAGGUUUCUCUUUUCCCCAGUCUCUUUUCCCAGCUUCAUCUUACCUUCCUCCAGUUCCUCUGAAGCACGGGAACCCCCAGUCCUCAUGUCACUUCCUCCCGCUUCAGAACCGACACCAGUCACAUUAUCCACAAACAUUCAGUCUCAGAAAACAAACACUUUCCCAAGUACUGGAUCCACAGAAGAUUCCUGCUGGUCCCUGAGCACUGCUACAGGAGAGGAUAGGAACCCUGGGAUGACCACUGUGGACAUCACCACUUCAGUGGCUAAGGAUGAACCACCAAAGGUCCCCAUAUCUGGCAUAGCUGAGACCUCACUUACCAAGGAGAGGUCCUCUGGUGCAGAGUUCAGAUCCGCUCCAGUCCCUGACAAUUCCACCCCAUUUACAAGGCCAGAUGAGUCUGUGGGCGCUAUCACCAGGGAGCCAAGUCGAGGAGAACGUGGAGGUACCACUCGGCCAACCAGUAAUCCUGCAUCUCUUAUGACUACGAUCAGUGUGGGUAUGUCCACAAGAAGCCCAGAAAUGGCUACAGCUUUGAAAAUCAUAAGCUCCCAGGAGCCCAGCAUCAGCCCAGAGACCAGGUACACUCUGGAAAAUUCUCAGAAGACUUCAACAGCAGCUGUCCCUAUGGUGACCGCUGUGGAACCAGCCACCCUUCAGUCCAUGGCCACAGGGAGUGGCCACAGCAGCCUCCCUCACUCACCCAUAGGAUUCGUGACAGCAGCCAAGCCGCCAGCAAAAGGGAGAGCAGCUACAGAGUGGGUCUCACCCUCCCCAUCUGAGGAUUGGACCAACACCCACCUUGGGACUCCAGAAGGGACCAACAAGUCACUGGGCACAGCAUCCUCUAUCCCCCUAGGGUCAGUUCCUAAAGUCACCAUAGGGACUAGUCCACAAAGCAGCCCAACUCAGAUUCCAAGGACAACUGGAGUGAGUUUCCCUACAUGGCUUGGCUCUGCUAGAGGGACCACAGUGGACACACAUGUCCCUCUGAGCACAUCUUCCACUAGUCCUAAAGACUCUGCAGCCGUCCCAGACUCUGUGGCAACCCAGACAGUAACCAUGAGCUCAGAGACAUAUAAACCUGAAUUUAUAACCCAGACAAAGGUCGGCCCCACAGUCAUUCCUUCCACUGUCCUGAGUAAAAAGACAAUAACAGGUGAACAGCAGUCAAGCAUAUCCAUGAGUGAUGCUUACUCAUCUGCCAGCCCAAGGUCAGAGCAGACAACUGGGAGGGACCUGACUCUUGGUGGAUCUCCUGGGACCACAGACAUGUUGCCUAAAACCUCCGUAGAACCUACCAUAUUAGCAAAUCUGACCUCUGAAAGCCAAGCCAUGACCAGCCUCACUAAUGCCUCAGAAGGAAAAACAGCCUCUUCACCAUCUGUCAUAUUCCCCUCAAUGGGGUCUAAGACACUGGUGGCCAUCACAAGUGUAGUGACCAGUGAUGUUGCCUCUAAUCUUGGGCAACUAUCACAGACCUCAUCUCCUGCAGCAGUGACCACCAUGGAUGUAACCACAGCCCCCACUCCAAGUACCAUCACCACCAUCACCACCAUGGAAACCAACUCAGUCCUGACUACCAUGCCUAACCCGAAGGAGAGUGUGAGCACCAUGGACAGCACCCUGGCCACAGAGACCAGCACAUCUGCUCUUGAGCACCCACUCACGUGGUCAUCUACAGCUUCACCAGCCCCAGCGUUUGGUCCCUGGACCAUCACAAACAUGACUUCACGCUUGGAAGCCACAGGUUCUCCUACAGCAAUUUCUGCAAUGGGUACAACUUCAUCCUUAGCAUCAAGCACUGAGUCAGGCUCUGAGUCUACCCCCCCUGACCUUGUGACUGUUGUCAGAACCAGCCUAACCAUCCCAUCCUACCAUGCUUCAGCUGAAAAGACAGAGGCCAGCACAAGUGUAAGAACAUCGAGUCCUUUAGACAAAACUGCAUCUGUGCCCAUCUCAACUUCUGUUGUUGAGAAGAUGAGCACCUCAUUUGCUGACAUUUUAAGCACCAGUUGGACUCCCAGUAGAAGACAAACGGAAGCCAUGCAUGUCUCAAUGGCUUCUAUGGACCAUCCAGAUACAAAGAUUAUCCCCAAUGUCCUCCCAUCCACUCCUCUGCCUGAUUCUCUGUCCACUCUUGACUGGGUCAGCAGGAGUUCUGUGUCAUCAGCUGUAACCACUACCUCAGCUCAUCAAGGGGUCACAACUCCUCCCAAAUUCCCUUUGGAGAACAUGAUCAACACAACUACCUCGCAGCCAGCAACCUCCAUAGGGGACAUUACAAGUAGUGUCACUCCUGCUACAAUAGUAAGUAGCCCUAAAGUCACUUUAUCUGGGAGGCCAGAUCUUGCUAGCAAGGAAGCAGAGAACAGUUCUCCCCAGCUUUCCACCACAGCUGCUGCAGAUCCAGGACAUGUGUCUAUACCAGAAGCAACAACUCGGGAUUUAAUCCCACACACAGUAAGAACACCAUCUCCAACUCCCCAGGAGAAUGAAAUAAGGACUUCUACAAUGGAGGCAAGUGUUCCCACCUGGACAGUGAAAAAACACAGCUCAAGCACAUCUCUGAUCCCCGAGGUCUCCUUCAUCUUAGGAGGGACUGUCAAGGAGGUUACUGACUCCCCAGGCUCCUUAAGAAUCACGAAUCUACCGGGCAUAAGCGUGGAAUCUGGGACUACUUCAUCUCCAAUGUGGAAAAACAGCCCAUCUGAGAGAAGAGCAACUUCUGAACCUACCACUGACAAAGAGGUCAUUCACCCAUCUACAAACACAGUAGAUGCAACAGUAUGGCCCUCAAGUUCUGAGCAUGAUCCUCAUGCCACUGUCCCCACUCACUCAGAGUCAUCCAUGGGCACAUACCUAAUGAACACUACCUCCAUCAUGGGGAAUACCAUUGUUUCAGCACCAGCAACCACCCGGCCAGAAUCCACAGGGGCUGGAAGAGAGUUUGAUUACCCUCUGACCACUGAACUGAGGGAGUCCAAUACUUACAUGGAUGUCAACUCAACCACAGAGAUCAGCACUGUCCAUUCCCCAAGUCAUUUUGCUACUACUGGGGGGCCCAGGACAGAAGUCACUACCUCUGACAGAAAUUUCAGCCCAGAUCUAACUCAGUCCACAAGGUCGUCAGACAUCACCAGGCCCUCUACCUUCCCUGACAUGACGGAAUCUGAAAGAAGGCCCAUCACCAUGCAAACAAGUCUUUCUAGGGCUACAUCACUGGGUGCACCUACCUUGGACACAUUAGCCACAGCUUCCUCAUCAGGCACUCACUUGGCUGUGACUCACGGAUUUCCACAGUCAAAGAUGACUGCUCUAAUGAGCCAAGGUCCUGAAGAUGUAUCACGAACAAUCCCUCCUUCUGUGGAAGAAACCACCUCUUUGUCUUCUGUGACACGCAUCUCUGCCACAACCUCAUCUUCUCAUGUUGUGUUGACAUUACAAGGGCAAAGUACCUCCUCUCCUCUACCUGUGACCUCACAUCUCUUGCCUGAGAACUCUGGCUUGGGAAAGGUCACCGACACAUUGAGGUCCAGCCUGGAACCUGACACCAGUUUGCCACCAAAUUUGAGCAGCAGCUCACUUGAGACACCAGUCACCACAGAAACAAAAGCAAUGGAUCCUUCCACAAACACAGCAGUGACACCUGUAGGGGCUACCAGUUCUGGACAUGAAUCACACUCUCCUGUCCUGGCCCACACACAGCCAUCCAAAGCUACGUCUUCAAUGGUUACCUCCUCUACCGUGGGGGACAUAACUGCUUUCACAUCGAUGUCUGGCUCAUCUGAGACUAUAAAGAUUGAGAGAGAGUCAGCAUCCUCUCUUAAUACUGGGCUUAGGGAGACAAGUACCUACCAGAAGACCAUCUCUGCUACAGAAAUAAGCACUGCCAUUUCUAAUGUGUCUAUAAGUGAUGCUACUACUGAGGUCAUGAGGACACAAUCUACCUCAUCUAGCAGGAUAUCCAUUCCAAGUCCUCACUUCAAAACUUUUCCAAACAUACCUACAGAAAGCAGAACCAGCCCCUCCACAUCCAUGCUCAUGACAGAAUCUUCAGAAGUGACCAUCACCACCCAAACAGGUCCUCCAAGCAUGACAACACGAAGUACCCUGACCUUGGACACAUCAACUCCGGCCACCAGGGAAGGAACCCACUUAGCUGUGACUCAGAAAUUUCCACAAUCAGAGAUGACAAAUGUCAUGAGCAAAGGUCCUGAAGAUAUGUCUUGGACAAGUCCUACCUCCAUGGGGGAGACUAACUCUCCAUCUUCCCUAGAACCCAUUUUCACCACAACCUCACCUUCUGCACCUUUCAUGUUACAAGGGAACAGUACCUUCUCUCCUGUGUCCAAAACCUCAGUUCUCACCUCUGACUUGGGAAAAACCAGAGAAGUUUUGGGCACAAGCUUGGAACCUGUGACCAGUACACCUGAAAGUGUGAACAACAUCUCACAGGAGAUACUAACCUCUUCAGAAGCCACCAGCGAUACAGAAACAACUCAUUCUUCAAGAAUCACAGCAGUAACUGAUAUGGGGAUCACUAAUUCAGCACACAAAUCACAGUUCACAGUCCCAGCCAACACAGAGUCACCCAAAGCCACAUCUGCGAUGGUUAUCUCUUCUCCCAUAAGAGACACCAGUGUCUCCACAUCAACUCCAGACUCUUCCAAAACGGCACAGGUUGAGACAGAGCCAACAUCUUCCUCAACCGCUGGACUAAGGGAUACCAGCACCCAUCAGGAGGAAAGGUUAAGUAGAGAUCCUUCCAAAAACACAGCAGUAACCAGUAUGAGGACCACCGAUGAUGAACACAAAUCACGUUCCUUUGUCUCAACUGACUCAAAAACAUCCAAAACUGUAUUCCCAAUGAAUACAGCCAUCACCAUAGGGAAAACCACUGUUUCCACCCCAAUGUCUAGCUUCCCUGAGACUCCAAGAAUUGAAGCUGAGACAAGUUCCUCCUGGAUGUUUGAAAUGAGGGGAACCAGCACCUCCAAGGAAACCAGCUCAUCCAUGGAGAAAACUAUCCUUCCUGAUAUGAACACUGGUUCUGUUAGUGAGGUGACAGGGACGGAAGACAUCUCCUCUCGUGGUGGGCUCAGUCCAAGCCCUGCCAUUUCUACCAUGUCACCAGUAAUCUCCACAGAAACUAUCACAAGACUUUCUACUUUCCCCACAAUGACAGAAUCAACAGAAAUAACUGUCACCAUUGAACAAGGUCCUCCUGCAGCUACAUCACAGAGUACCCUUGACUGGGACACAUCAACCACAACAUCCAUGGUGGGGACCCACACAGCUGUGACUCAGGGACUUCUAAACACAGCGCUGAUGAGUCCCAUGAGCACAGGUGGGACAAGCCCUGCCUCUGUGGAAGAAACCAGUUCCCCGUCUUCCCCAGUGACUUUAUCUGCUGUGACAUCACCCUCCCCUGAGUCUCCCACAUUACUAGGGAGGAGCCCCUCCUCUCCUACCCCUGUGACUUCACUUUUUACCCAUGGUCUGGUGAAGACCACAGACACAUUGGGUACUGGCUUGGGACCUGUGACCAGUUCACCUUCAAUUGAGAUCAGCUCCACCACUGAGAUACUGUCCACUUCUGGAGUCUCCACAAGUACAGAGGCGAUUCAGCCUUCUGAAAACACAGCUGAGACCCAUGGGGCCAAUACAAGUUCUGGACAUGAAGCUCAUUCCUCUAUCCCAGCUGACUCAGAGCCAUCCAAUGUUACAUCUCUAAUUGUUAUUCCUUCCAGCUCUAGAGAGAACCCUGUUUCCACACCAGUGCCUCACUCGACUGAAACUACGAUGACUGAGACAAACUCCAUAUCCUCUCUGAGCCCUGAACUGAGAGAGACCAGCACCACCCAGCAGAACAGUUCAACCACAGAGAAAAUCACUCUUCUUUCCAAAGUGCCUACUCAUAUGACUACUGAGAUUUCUAGCAUACAACCCAUCUCCUCCACCAGCACAUCCUUCCCUGGCCCCCCUCAGUCCACCAUGUCACCAGACACUCUUAAAGGCAUCAUCACCAGCCUCUCUACCCCCUCCGUGACCACAGAAUCUGCAGAAGUGGCCGUCACCAACCACACAGGUCCCUCUGAGGCUACAUCACAGGGCACACUUACCUUAAACAUAGAGACUGAAACCUCUGGGGUAGGGACUCACCCAGCUGUGACUCAGAGCUUUACACACUCAGAGAUGAGCACUCUCUUGAGCAGGGGUCCCCAGGAUGUGUCUCAGACAAGCCCUGCCUCUGUGGAAGAAACCAGUUCCCCGUCUUCCCCAGUGACUUUAUCUGCCGUGACAUCACCCUCCCCUGAGUCUCCCCCAUUACCAGGGAGGAGCUCCUCCUCCCCUACCCCUGUGACUUCACUUUUCACCCAUGGUCUGGUGAAGACCACAGACACAUUGGGUACUGGCUUGGGACCUGUGACCAGUUCACCUUCAAUUGAGAUCAGCUCCACCACUGAGACACUGUCCACUUCUGGAGUCUCCACAAGUACAGAGGUGAUUCAGCCUUCCAAAAACACGACCGGGACCCAUGGGGUCAACACAAGUUCUGGACCUGAAGCUCAUUCCUCUGCCCCAGCUGACUCAGCACCAUCCAAUGUCACGUCUCCAAUCAUUCCUCUUUCCACCUCUAGAGAGACUGCUGUUUCCACACCAGUGCCUCACUCUACUGAAACUACGACAAUUGAGACAAACUCCACAUCCUCUCUGAGUCCUGAACUUAGAGAGACCAGCACCAUCCAGCAGAACACUUCAACCACAGAGAAAAUCACUCUUCUUUCCAAAGUGCCCACUGAUACAACUACUGAGCUCUCUAAGACACAGCCCAUCUCCUCCAGCAGCACGCUUAUCCCUGGCCCCACUCAAUCCACAGUGUCCCCAGACACCUCUGCAGGCAUCAUCAGCCUCUCUACAUCCCCCGUGACCACAGAAUCUGCAGAAAUGACCAUCACCAGCCAGACAGGUCUCCCUGAGGCUGUGUCACAGGGCACACUUACCUUGGACACAUCAACCAGCUCUCCAUCUUCCUCAGUGCCUUCAGCUGCCAUGACGUCACCCUCCCCUCAGCCCCCCAUAGUACCAGGGAAGAGCCCCUCCACACCCACCUCUGCGACCUCACUUCUCAACAGUAGUCUCAUGAAGACCACAGAGAAAUUGGGCACCAUAUUUGAACCAGUGACCACCUUACCUCCACCUUUGAGUAGUCCCACCAUGGAGACACUUUCCACUUCUGAAUUCUCCAUAGACACAGUGAAAAUUCUUCCUUCCAUACACACCACAAUGACCACUGAGCGUUCCAGCAGUUCUGGCCAUGCACUCAGUUCCUCUGGCUCAAUUUUCUCUGAGUCCUCCAGGAUCACAUAUCCUACUUCCUCCAUGGAUGGGACCACUCUUCCCACAUCAAAGCCUUCCUCCUUUGAGGCCACAACACUUGAGACCAAGAAACUUUCCCAUCUGACGCCUGGACUGAAGGAGACAAGCAUGACCCUGGGUUUCAGCUCCAGCACACUCACAAGCACACCUUCAUCGGCUCUGUCCACUCAUGGUUUGAAGAGUCCCAAGACAGAUGUUACCUCUUCUGUGACAUCAUCAGCCCCAGUUCAGUCUCUGUCUACACAGGAUACUGACAUUCCAGUGGAAACAGUCACACACUUUUAUGCUUCUCCCUCCAUAAUAGGGUCUGCUGGCAUAACUCUCCCAGAAUCCAGCCUUUCUUUGCCUGUAUCAACAAGUACUCGUCACCUACACACAGAUACGCUGUCUUCAGCUGAGACCAUUCUUGCUAACACAUUGACAUCUCCCGUGUCAGAGACCAUGGCUCCCUUUGCCACAUCUGGAGUUCCAGGUGCCAUCUCAGCUACCUCCUCAGAUGGUACAUUUUCUAGGACAGAAUCAGACCCCAAGGAGGAUACCAGGUCCACCACUGCAGGCAGUCUACCUUCUUCAGGUUCAACACCAUUCCUCUCUUCAAGCUUACAUACCACUGAUCCUUCAAUGAGCUCCCUUUCCCAUUGGAUUACUUCCUCCCCAGCCACCCCAAGCACAGUAGACAGCAACCUUGACACAGAGAGCAGAAGGACUAGUGAAUCACCCUUGGUUACAACCAGUACUCUGCAGACUUGGAACCAGCCAUACAGGACAUCUUUGCCACCCAUUAUGGACUCUAGAAUGACAGAGAGUAUCGGUUUGGGAACAGUGACAAAUUCUUUUCAAGUUAUUCCACACUCAACACAGUCAACAACGACUGAUGGCACUGUGAAGCGUAUCACAAAGAUACCCAACGAAGCAGCCCAGGGAGGCACCACCAUCCAUAUUCCCCAGGCAUCCACAUCUGCUAGUCUUACAGGAUUGUCAACAGGAGGGACAGAGAGGACAGAGACCACUGCCACAGCUCUGAAGACCACCGCCACAGUGAGACUGACUACCAGAGUGUCUACUCCCACUUCAGGAAUGCCGCCUGUCCUCGGGACAUCAGAUAAAAAGGCCAGCACAAGCACAAUAGGAGUGAUCGUCACAACCCCAGAUAGUCCAAAGAUGACAGCCUCUUUGACCACCAGAUCUGGAGAUGAGACCAGCACUGCAGUUCCCAUGACAACCUCAUCUAUUUUCAGCAGAGGACCAGAGACUACACCCUCACUGGCCCCUAGUUCUGGGGCAGAAAUCAGUGCAGCUGUUCCAACUCUGACUAUUUCCUCGGAUGAACCAGAGACCACAACUUCAUGGGUCGCCCAUCCUUCAGAGACCACUCCAACUGUUUCCAGGGCAAUCUUGAAUGUUUCUCAUAGUGAAUCAGACAGCACACCCCCAACAACUACAAGUUCUGUGAAAGAAGUCAGUACAGCUGUUCCAAAUUCUACUGUCUCCCCUGAGGUACUGGGGAUGGUGACCUCACUGGUUGCUAGUCCUGGGACAGAGACCAGCUCAGCUGAUCAAACUCUGGCUGUUUCCCCUAGUAAGCCAGAAACAACAGUCUCCUUGAUUACCCAUCCUGGGGCACAGGCCAAUUUAAGUGUUCCAACUCCAACUGUCGCCCCUGAUGUAUCAGGGGUGGAAAUCUCACCAACCACCAUUUCUGGGGCAGAGACUAGCACAGCUUUUCCAACUAUGACUAAUUUCCCACAUGGACAAGAGACAACAGCCUCAUGGAUCACCAAUCAUGGGACAGAAGCCAGUCCCAUUUUUUCAACUUUGACUGUCUCCCCUGACGAACAAGAUACAACAGCCUCAUGGCUCCAUUCCACGGAGACCAGCACACCUGAUUCCAAAACAACUCUGAAUUUUUCCCCUAAAGAAUCAGACAGCACAUCUUCAGCAACCACCAGUCCAGGGGCAGAAGCCAGUUCAGCCACUCCAGUGAUGACUGUCUCACCUAGCAAACCAGUGAUGGUGACCUCACUGGUCAUUAGUUCUGGGACAGACACCAGUACAACCCUUCCAACUUUGACUGGGUUCCUGCGUGAAUCAGAGUCAACCAUGUCCUUGGUCACCCAGCCUCCAGAGUCCUACCCAACUGUUCCCAAAACAAUGCCUAUUUCCCAGAAUGGAUCAGAUACCAUGCUCUCAGUGGUCACCAGUCUUGGGGCCAAAGUCAGUUCUGCUGUCCCAACUACAACUGUCUCACCUGGUGUAUCAGGAAUGGUGACCUCACUGGUUACCAGUUCCACAGCAGAGACUAGUUCAACUUCUCCAACUCUGACUGAUUUCCUACAUGAAUCAAAGACCACAGCCUCAUGGGUUACUCAUUCUGAGACAAAAGUCAGUUCAACUGUUCCAACUAUGACUGUUUUCUCUGAGAAGUCAGAUACAGCAGUCUCUUUGGUUACCCACCCUGAAGAGACCAGCCCAACUGUUCCCAGGAAAAUCUCCAAUGUUUCCCAUAGUGAAUCAGACACCACAUUCUCAGUGGCUACAAGUCCUGGGGAAGAAUUCAGUUCAGCUGUCCCAGCUACAACUGUCUCACCUGCUGUAUCAGGGAUAGUGACCUCACAGGUUACCAGUUCUGUGGCACAGACCAGCACAACUUUUCCAACUGUGACUGGUUCUAUGUACAAAUCAGAGACAACAGCCUCAGGGGUCACCCAUACUGAGACAGAAGCAAGUUCAGCAAUUCCAACCAUGACUAGUCCCCCUGGGAAGCCAGACACAACAGUCUCACUGGUCAUCCAUCCUGAAGAGUCCAGCCGAAGUAUUCCCAGGCCAGCCCCCAGUGUUUCUCAGAGUGAAUUUGACGCAACACCUUCAAUAGCCACUAGUCCUGGGGCAGAAGGCAGUUCAGCUGUCCCAGCUAUGACUAUCUCACCUGGUGUACCAGAGAUGAUGACCUCACUGAUUACCAGUUCUGUUGCAGAGGCUAGUACAACUUUUCUAACUCUGACUGAUUCCACACACAAACCAGAGACAACAGCCUCAGGGAUCAUCCAUUCUGGGACUGAAACAAGUCCAGCGGUUCCAACUAUGACUGUUUCACCUAGGAAGCCAAAUACAACAGUCUCAGCUGCCACUCAUCCUGAAGAGACAAGUCCAACUUUACCCAGGACAACCCCCAAUGUUUCCCAUACUGAAACAAACACCACAUUCUCAACAGCCACUAGUCCUGGGACAGAGUCUAGUUCAGCAGUCCCAGCUACAACUGUCUCACCUAGUGUAUCCAAGUUGGUGACCCCUCUGGUUACUAGUUCUGGGGAAGAAAUUAGUACCACUCUUCCAACACUGACUGCUUCUCCAGGUCAAAUGGAAAUCACAGCCUCAUGGGUGACUCAUCCUGAGCCAAAAGUCAGUCCAGCUAUUUCAGCUCCAACUGUUUCCACUAGUGUACCACAUACAGUGAACCCACAAGCCACCAGUUCUGAGACAAAUGCUAGUAUGGCUAUUCCAGCUCUGACACUUUCUCCUGUUGAGCCAAAGACCACAGCCUCAUUGGUCACUCAUCCUGGGGUGCAGGCCAGUUCAGCUACUUCAGUUGUCUUCUCUACUAUGCCAGGGUUGGUGGCCUCACUUUUCACAAGUUCUGGGACAGAGACAAGUACAGCUUUUACAAUUCCAACUGAUUCUUCACAUAAACCAGAGACAACAGCCUCAUGGGUCAUGCAUUCCACGGAGACAAAUACUCCUAUUUCUAGAACAAUUCCAAGUUUUCCUCAUAGUAAAUCAGACAUCACACCCUCAAUGGCUACAAGUUCUGAGGUAGAAGCCAGUUCAGCCAUUUUAACUACAACUAUCUCCCCUAGUGUACCAGAUGUUAUGACAUCUCUGAUCACUGGUUCUAGAGCAGAGAUCAGUACAACUCUUAGAACUAUGACUGAUUCUACACACAAACCAGAGGCAACAGCCUUAGCAGUCACGCACUCUGGGACAAAAACAAAUUCAGCUAUUCUAACUAUGUCUGUUUCCCCUGGGAAGCCAGAUAAAACAGUCUCACUGUUCACCCAUUCUGAAGAGACCAGCCACACUGUUCCAAGGACAACCUCCAGUGUUUCCCAGGGUGAAUCGGACACCACACCGUCAAUGACUACCAGUCCUGCUGCAGAAGUCAGUUCAGCUGUCCCAGCUAAGACUGUCUCACCCAGUAUACCAGGAAUGGUGACCUCACUGGUUACCAGUUCUGAGGCAGAGACCAGUACCGCUUUUCCAACUUUGACUGAUUCCUUAUAUGAAUCGAAGACCACAACCUCAUGGGUCACCCAUUCUGAGACAAAAGCCAGUUCAGCUGUUCCACGUUUUCCAACCCUGACUUAUUCUUCUCACAAACUAGAGACAACAGCCUCAGAGGUCACCCAUUCUGGGAGAGAAACAAGUUCAGCUAUUCCAACUAUGACUGUUUCUGCUGGGAAGCCAGAUACAACAGUCUCACUUGUCACCCAUCCUGAAGAGACCAGUCCAACUGUUCCCAGGACAACCUCCAAAGUUUCCCAGAGUGAAUCAGACACCACAACUUCAACAGCCACCAGUCCUGGGACAGAAACCAGUUCAGCUGUCCCAGUUACAACUGUCUCACCUGGUGUAUCAGGGCUGGUGACUUCCCUGGUUACCAAUUCCAUGACAGAGAUCAGUACAACUUUUCCAACUCAGACUAAUUCCACACUGAAACCAGAGACUACAGCCUCAGGGGUCACCCAGACUGAAACAAGUUCAGCUUUUCCAAUUCUGAUUGUUUCUGCUGGAAAGUCAAAUACAACAGUCUCAUUUGUCACCCAUCCUGAAGAGACCAGUCCAACUGUUCCCAGGACAACCUUCAGCGUUUCCCAUAGUGAAUCAAACAUAACACCCUCAGCAAACACUAGUCCUGAGGCAGAAACCAGUUCAACUGUCCCAGCUACAACUGUCUCACUUGGGGUUCCAGGGUUGGUGACCUCACUGGUUACCAGUUCCAUGGCAGAGACCAGUAUAGUUUUUCCAACUGUGACUGAUUCCAUGAACAAACCAGAGACUAUAGCCUCAGGGGUCACCCACACAGAAACAAGUUCAGCUGUUCCACCUAUGGCUGUUUCCCACGGGACACCAGAUACAACAGUCUCACUGGUUACUCAUCCUGAAGAGACCAGCCCAACUGUUCCCAGGAUAACCUCCAAUGUUUCCCAGAGUGAAUCAGACACCAUACCCUCAUCAGCCACCAGUCUUAGGGCAGAAACCAGUUCAGCUGUCCCAGCUACAACUGUCUCACCUGGUGUGCCAGGGACGGUGACUUCACUGGUUACCAGUUCUGGGAUAGAGACCAGUACAGCUUUUCCAGCUCUGACUGGUUCCCUACAUGAACCAAAGACCACAACCUCAUGGGUCACCCAUUCUGAGACAAAAGCCAGUUCAACUGUUCAAACUAUGACUGUUUCCGCUGGGAAGCCAGAUACAACAGUCUCACUGGUCACCCAUCCUGAAGAGACCAGUCCAACUCUUCCCAGGACAACCUCCAAAGUUUCCCAGAGUGAAUCAGACACCACAACUUCAACAGCCACCAGUCCUGGGACAGAAACCAGUUCAGCUGUCCCAGUUACAACUGUCUCACCUGGUGUAUCAGGGCUGGUGACUUCUCUGGUCACCAAUUCCAUGACAGAGAUCAGUACAACUUUUCCAACUCAGACUAAUUCCACACUGAAACCAGAGACUACAGCCUCAGGGGUCACCCAGACUGAAACAAGUUCAGCUUUUCCAAUUCUGAUUGUUUCUCCUGAAAAGCCAAAUACCACAGUCUCACUUGUCACCCAUCCUGAAGAAACCAGUCCAACUGUUCCCAGGACAACCCCCAGUGUUUCCCAUAGUGAAUCUGACACCACACCCUCAACGGCCACCAGACCUAGGACAGAAGCCAGUUCAGCUGUUCCAGCUACAACUGUCUCCCCUAGUUUACCAGAUACAGUGAACUCUGAGACAGACACCACUAUGGCUGUUCUACCUCUGACUCUUUCUCCUGGUAAACCAGCAACCACAGCCUUAUUAGUCACCUCUUCCAGUGCAGAGACAAGCACAAAUUCUCCUGCUUCAACUGUUUUUCCUCCUUUAUCAGAAACCACAGCCUCACCAUCCAUCUGGCCUGAGUUGAAGACUAGUACAGCUCUUCCAUCUCAGACUGUUUCUCUCAGUCCACCAAAAACAUUCUCUCUCUUCACCAUACCUGUGACCACGACAGCCAGAGUUGAUUUAAAGCCAACUGUUUCACUUGGUGUUCCCACAGAAACAGCCGCAGUCUCCACUGAGGAGACAGAAAUCAGCACAACUAUUGCAAUGUCAGCUAUUUCCCAUGGUUUACCAGAGACCACAGGUUUACUGGCCACCAGUCCUGAAGCCAAGGCCAGUACAAGCCUCCCUGCUCUGACUCUUUCCCCUGGUGGUCUUGGGCCUUCCAGGACCCCUGCAACAACCAUUGAGCUUUAUACUGUAACUUCUGGGAACACAGAAACCUCACCACCUGCAACCUCAGUUGAACUCUCAGAAUUUCCCAAAACUGUGACAGGGGGCACUGUGACCUUGAGACCAUCAGAGACCACAAUGCGACCUAAAACCAGUCAUGUGGAAGGAUUAAGUACAACCACUAUCCUGAAAACCACCACUGUUGAGACCACUCAUUUAGCUGCCACAGGUUCAGGCCCCACUGUGGCCGAGACCACAACCACCUUCAACACACUGGCUGGAAGUCCUUUUGCCCAUGUGACCACACCUGCAACAUCCACCUUGGCCCCUGUGACUGUGACUUCAGAAACAACUGCAAUUCCUUUCUUGAUGCCCUUUACUGUCAACUUCACCAUCACCAACCUGCACUACACAGAAGACCUGGGAAACUCGGACUCUAAGAUAUUCAAAGCCACUGAGACAGACCUGCAGCUGCUGCUCAGGCCUUUGUUCAGAAACAGCAGCAUUGGUUCCCGGUACGCCGGCUGUAGACUGACCUUGCUCAGGGCUGAUAAGGAUGAAACCAGCACCAGGAUGGAUGCGGUCUGCACCUACCGCUCAGAUCCCACAGGCUUCAGGCUGGACACGGAACGUCUGUAUUGGGAGCUAAGCCAGGGGACCCAGGGUGUCACUCGGCUGGACCACUACACCCUGGACAGGAACAGUCUCUAUGUCAAUGGUUACAACCAUCGGGACUGGAUCCCUACCACCAGCACUCCAGUAACCUCCACCUUCUCUCCAGGACCUCCAGCAUCUCCAACUUCCAUCCCCAGCUCUACAGUUGCAGACAUGGGCCCAGCCCUGGUGCCGUUCACCCUUAAUUUCACCAUCACCAACCUGUUCUACACCCCAGACAUGGGGCGCCGAGGAUCCGAGAAGUUCAACGUCACUGAGAAGGUUCUGACCCACCUGCUUGGUCCUCUGCUCAGGAGCACCAGUGUCGGCCCGCUCCACUCUAACUGCAGACUGACCCUGCUCAGGGCUGAAAAGGAUGGAGCAGCAACUGGAGUGGAUGCCAUCUGCACCUACCAUCCUGACCCCACACGUCCUGGGCUGGACAGAGAAAAGUUGUACCAGGAGCUGAGUCAGCUGACUCAUGGUGUCACCAGGAUGGGCAACUACACUUUGGACAGUAAGAGCCUCUAUGUCAAUGGUUAUAACCGUCAGUACUGGAGGCCCACCACCAGCACUCCAGUGACUCCUACAUUCUCUCUGGAAUCUUCCACAUCUCUGUCCCCCAUCCUCAGCUCUACAGGCGUGAGCCCUUCUCUGGUGCCUUUCACCCUCAACUUCACCAUCACCAACCUGAGCUACACAGAGGACAUGAGUCCCCCAGGAUCUGAGCUAUUCAGCACCACGGAAAGGAUCUUGAAUCGCCUGCUCAAACCCUUGUUCCAGAAUAGCAGUAUUGGACUCCGGUAUUCUGGCUGCCGACUGAUCUUGCUCAGGCCUGAAAAAAACAGAAAAGCCACUGGAGUUGAUGCUGUCUGUACUCACCGACCUGACCCCAUGGGCCUUAAACUAGACCGAGAGAGGCUGUACCGGGAACUGAGCCAUGAGACUCAUGGUGUCACCCAGCUGGGAUUCUUCACUUUGGACAAGGACAGCCUCUAUGUCAAUGGUUACACCCAACGGACCUCAGCCUCCACCCCCAGUGGUGAGUACUCAAGACCUUGAUAACCAUGUGCUCCAGGCCCCUGGUGGACAGACAGUGA